AAGUUAAAUAUCUUAAAAUUGUUUUUAGCAAAUAAUAAUAAAAAAUCUGUCGCCUUUGUAGUAUUGUAGCAAUUGUUGAAAAAAAAUGCAAAUACUCUCUCUGAAUUUUUUUUUAUACACCAUCAGUGGCAUUUGGCGACCGACUGAAUGGUCUUCGAAAAGUUCCAAGAUGUUGUAUGGCAUGUUCACUUGUUUUAUAUUGUCUCUGCUAAUAUUUUUCGGGCUAGGUCAAUUGCUAGAUAUUAUCCUUGUUAUCGAUAAUGUGGACGAUUUUGCUGAGAAUACUUUAAUGUCCUUUUCUUUUAUCAGUGUAUUGUGUAAAGCAGUAGCUACUUUAAUACGUCGCGAUGAAAUUGUUAUUUUAAUUGAAACACUACAGAAAAAACCUUGCAGAGCUUAUAAUAAAGAGGAGAGCGACAUCCAGAUGAAAUUCGAUCACUUGAUCAGAUCAUAUUCCAUAAGUUACAUAUACCUGGCAACGUUUUCUUGUUCUGGUGGCGUAUUAAGAGCAGUGCUCAGUAUUUUGGAGGGUCAAUUACCCUUUCGGAUAUGGUUACCGUACGAUUACACAUCACCUACUUAUUUAUUCUACGUUACAAUAAUGCAAGAACUCGUUACUGUGGUUUUUGGCGCGAUUGUAAACGUCGCGACGGAGACCAUGGUAUUGGGAUUUUGCUUGCAAAUAUGCGCACAAUUUGAGCUUUUGAAACAUCGUCUGCAAAGAAUGGCGAAGGAGACAGAGCAAACGUCGAAAUAUUCGUUGAACGAUUCCUCAAAUAAAACAUACAGAUUGUCGGAGCAUAUUUUACAUCACCUGUGUAUAAUCAGACUUGCCAAUGCUAUCAACAACAUAUUCAGCCAAGUAAUUUUUGUCCAAUUUUUCGCCAGCACAUUAGUGAUAUGCUUAACUCUGUACUAUUUAACUGCUCAUAUGAGAAUUACAGAUCUCGUUGGUUUGAGUUUCUACGCAUUUUGCAUGUUUGCUCAGAUUUUUAUUUAUUGCUGGGCUGGAAACGAAGUUAUACUCAAGAGUACUGGAUUGAGUGAAACCAUAUAUCAAACAAAUUGGAUAUCGAUGCCAAUAAACGAACGGAAGGAUCUACUGAUGAUUAUGAAGCGUAGCAUACGACCUAUCAAGUUAACUAGCAGCUUCUUAGUUACGUUAUCUCUGGAAUCUUACAGCAAAGUUCUGCAAGCGUCUUAUUCUGCAUUCAAUCUUUUGCAACACAUGCGUAUACUCUCUUUUAAUUUCUUUUUAUAUGGCAUCUGUGGUAUGUGGCGACCAAUUGAAUGGUCUUCGAAAUAUUCCAAGAUAUUGUAUGGAGUGUUCACUUGCUUCACAACGUAUCUCGUGUUACUUCUACUGUUUACUCAAUUAAUGGAUCUUAUUCUCGUUAUCGAUAAUGUGGACGAUUUUGCCACGAAUGCCUUAUUUCUACUUUCGGUUGUCAGUGUAUUUGUCAAAGUAGUAACUACUAUAACACGUCGCGAUAAAAUUGUCAAUUUGAUCGAAAUACUACAGAAGAAACCUUGUAUAGCUUACGAUGAAGAGGAGUGCGAUAUCCAGAUGAAGUUUGAUCGCUUAAUCAGAUCAUAUUCCAUAAAUUAUACAUCCCUGGCAUCAGUUUCUGCCACUGGUGCCUUAGUAGGAGGGGUGUUCCAUAUUUUAGAGCAUCAGUUACCCGUUAGGACAUGGUUACCGUACGAUUACACCCCACCUCUUUUAUUCUGGAUUACAUCAAUUCAAGAGCUGGUGGCUCUAAUUUUUUGUACAAUUAUAAACGUCGCGACGGUGACUACGGUAUUAGGAUUUUGCUUACAAAUAUGUGCACAAUUUGAGAUUUUAAAACAUCGACUGCAUAGAAUGGUAAAAAAGGCAGAGCAAACUUCCAGAAUUUCGUUGAACGAUGUAUCAAAUGUAACAGGCAGUCUGAUGACGAGGAGUCCGACAAUUUCGGAGCAUAUUUCACAUCACCUGUGCAUAAUCAGACUUGCCAAAAUUACCAACAAUAUAUUCAGCCAAGUAAUCUUCAUCCAAUUUUUCUCCAGCAUAUUGGUGAUAUGCUCAAGUCUGUACCAUUUAACUUCUCAUAUGACAAUUGCACAUGUUGCUCCCUUGAUUGUCUAUACAUUAACAAUGUUUGUUCAGGUUUUCAUUUAUUGUUGGGCUGGAAACGAAGUUAUGGUUAAGAGUACUGGAUUGAGCGAAACUGUAUAUCAAAUGAAUUGGAUAUUGAUGCCGAUCAACGAACAGAAGGAUUUAUUGAUGAUUAUGAUGCGUAGUACACGACCUAUCAAGUUUACGAGCAGCUUUUUGGUAUCAUUAUCACUUGAGUCUUACGGAAAUCUUCUGAAAGCGUCUUAUUCUGCAUUCAAUCUUUUACAACAAUCUUAGGAUUUUAUUUAUUC